AUGGCACGAAACUUGGCUAGGAGUUUCGAGGACAAUCUCGCAGCGCUUGUCCAAUCUUGUGGGCGCGCGAGAGAUCUGGCUGCCCUAAGGCAGAUCCACGCAUCGAUCCGAUCGAGCGAAGCAAGCAGCUCUAGAUACCUCAGCAAUCUCUUGAUUGAAACGUAUAGCCAGUGUGGCGCGCUCGAGGAUGCCUGUGCGACCUUUGCCGCGAUCGAAUCGCCCAAUCUCUUCUCCUGGAACAUCAUGAUCGCGGUGUUUGUUCGCCAUGGCUAUGUCGACAAUGCCAAGCUCUUGUUCGAUUCCAUGGGCGAGAGGGACGUGAUUUCGUGGAAUUCGAUGCUUCAGGCCUAUGGAAACUCCGGGAGAUCCACCGAGGCGAAGGAGAUCUUCGAUUCUAUUCCAGAGAAAGACGUUGUUUCAUGGAACACUUUGAUCGCAGCAUUUGCCCGAACAAGGCAUUGCGAUGGCGCGAAUGAUCUCUUCCAAAGAAUGCCUUUGUGGGAUCUUAUUUCUUAUAACACUCUCUUAGAAGCAUAUCUAGUACUGUUUGACGAGAUGCCGGUGUACGACGUGGUAGCACAAAACACCAUGGUGCAAGUAUAUACACGGAGCGGCCAGAUGGAGGACGCGGAGAGGCUGGUUGCCACCAUGGUGGAGAAGAGCUAUGCCACUUAUAACACCAUGGUGGCGGGAUAUGCCCAGAACGGGGAUCUGCUCGGGGCAAAGCGAGCGUUUGAUGCCAUCCCGGAUCGAACCGUCGUCUCGUGGACGGCGAUUCUCGCGGCAUAUUCUCAGUACGGACUGCUGCGCAUGGCCCGGCGGCUAUUCGGCGCGAUGCCUGUCCGGAAUGUCGUGUCCUGGGCGGCGAUGAUCGCCGGCUAUGCCCAGUCGGGUCGAUUGCUGGCCGCGAUCGCGAUGUUCCAGGAAAUGGCGAUGGAGGGAGUGAGACCCAACGAGAUUUGCUUCGUGAUUCUCCUCUCGGCGUGCAGCCGGACGGGAUCGGUCGAGGAGAGCUGGGAAUUCGCGGCGUCCAUGGCUCGCGACUAUGGAUUGGAGGCGUCCAGGGAGCACUAUGUGUGCUUGAUCGAUGGAUUUGGGAGGGCUGGGAGGAUGGCGACCGCGCGGGAGCUCGCGGAGGGGAUGCCGGAUCAACCCAAUGGCGUGGCGUGGGCGGCAUUGAUGAGCGCAAGCAAGAUCCACGAGCCUGGAGGGAAAUUUGCGGGCAGGAACGUCAUCGAGGCCGACGAUCCAGCUUCCUAUGUGCUGCUUGCGAGCAGCUACGCAUCCUGGUAG